AACCUGCACGCGGGUCAAGAACAGCGGCCCGCCGAGGCUCCUCCUUCCCUCCAGUCGACCGGUUUCCCGCCGGGAAGGCCUCUCCGGCAUAGAGGCCUCCCUUCGUUCCCCGUCGCCGGUCUCCGGAAACGCCGCCCGUGCGCUCUCCCCUCCCGGAGCCCCGCGGGUGCCUGGGCCGAGCCGGUCGGGAGCCGUGCCAUGGAGCGCUCCGAGGCUUCCUGCUUCUCGGCGGCCUUCAGCUGCGCCUUCCUCGCCUCCUGCCUGCUCUUCUCGGCGUUCAACCGGCAGCAGCGGGAGGCCUACAUGGACGAGGCCUUCCACGUCCCUCAGGCGCAAGCUUAUUGCGCGGGUCGCUUCCAACAGUGGGAUCCGAUGAUCACCACAUUGCCUGGUUUGUACUUGCUGUCAGUUGGAAUCCUGAAGCCCGCAGGCUGGCUCUUUGGCUGGUCUGAAAACAUCCUCUGCUCUACAGGAAUCCUCCGAUUCAUUAACCUGCUUUUCAGCAUUGGAAACUUCUAUUUAUUAUACUUGCUCUUCUGCAGGAUACACCAUAAAAAGGCUGCUUCUGGUUUCCAGAGAAUCCUGUCAACCUUGACACUAGCAAUAUUUCCAACUCUUUAUUUUUUUACAUUCCUUUAUUAUACUGACACGGGGUCCACGUUUUUUACCCUCUUUGCCUAUUUAAUGUGUCUCUAUGGCAAUCAUAAAACCUCAGCAUUCCUUGGAUUUUGUGGGGUUAUGUUUCGCCAGACGAAUAUUGUAUGGACUGUCUUCUGUGGUGGAAGUAUUGUUGCAGAAAAGCUAAGUGAAGGCUGGAAAUUGGAAUUACUGAAAAGCAAAGAGAAGAAAAACUUACCGGCACAAAACAUCUUUUCAGAAUCAAUCAGGAUUCUUAGAUUUCUCCUUGGGUACUUUAUGUCACUUAAAAACUUCAGCAGUCUGAUUCUCUUGAUAUGGCCAUAUGUUACUCUGGUGGUGAUAUUUGCUAUUUUCAUUGUCCUCAAUGGUGGCAUCGUUCUUGGGGACAGGAGCAGCCAUGAAGCCUGCCUGCACUUCCCUCAGCUAUUUUAUUUUUUUUCUUUUAGUCUUUUUUUUUCCUUCCCUCUUAUAGUGACACCCGGUAAAUUUAUCAAUUUUCUCCAUUCUGUGAGGAUCUAUUUUCUGCGAUACAGUAUCCUUGCAAUUGUUUCCUUAUUCCUUGUCUGGAAAUUUACUUACGCCCAUAAGUAUUUGCUUGCAGAUAACAGACAUUACACAUUUUAUGUGUGGAGAAAAAUCUUUAAAAGACAUGAGCUUGUCAAGUACAUAUUAGUUCCAGUUUAUAUAUUUGCUGGCUGGAGUUUCACAGAUGCACUGAAGUCAAAAUCUGUUUUCUGGAACUUAGUAUAUUUUGUAUGUCUGUUUGCCGUCACAGUUCCACAAAAGCUUCUAGAAUUCCGUUAUUUCAUUUUGCCAUAUAUUAUAUAUAGACUUAAUAUUCCCUUGCCAUCACUUUUGAAACUUUCCUUAGAGUUGAUUAUAUAUAUUUUAGUGAAUGCAAUAACGUUCUAUUUCUUUUUGAACAAACCGUUUCACUGGCCAAAUAGUGAGGAAAUCCAGAGGUUUAUGUGGUAACAUUUUGGUUCCUCAAACCUGUUCUAGAGCUUUUUGUUACAAAUAAGAUGUUACAAUUUUAAAACUUCAUCAAGAAAAACGAAGUAUUCUGGAUGCUUUUGUAAUGGAAGAAAUGUGAAAUGUGUAGAGUUUUUGGACUGUUUUUAUAAGGGCACCAUCAGUAAUUACUUCUUAAAAGAUCAGGGAAAUUUUACACAUAUUCCCAAAAUAAUGUGAAUAUAUGGACAUUUUGAUCAUACCAGUUAUGCUAUAGAAAUCAUAAACUGUUUUCAUUGUAUUUCUGUACAUAUGUAACAAGUGAUUGGAAAUAAGUUUGAUUUAAUGUCAGUCAAUUAUUGUCUUUUUACUAUAUUGGGUAAUAUUGUUUCAUGCUUGCAUACAGUGACAUCUAAUUUUUUUUAUAAUGUUUCGGGUCCAGGGAUACACAAUAUUAGUGUAUUGCAACUAAUGUGUCUCAGAUAAAGGCUGAAAUCUUGAAUUUUUUUUCUGGAAGGAAACUUUCAAUCAAUGGGGUUAUGUAGAAAUGGAUAGGGGCACAGUUGUGAGCAAGGAGGAAAUUGAUUAUGAGCUAGAGAACCAUAUUUAAAUCAUAUCAUGGGCAGAUAUUGUAUAAUAUACUUGAUUUUUUAAUCACUGAAAGAACUAGAUGCCACAGGUUGCUAUACUGAGGAUAUGAAUCAAUUUGUAGUCUCAGCAUAAAUCGUAAGUCUUUACAGGGCCUGUUAUUAUUAACCAAAUAUACGUUCUCAAUGAUAUAAGAUGACAGUUCUGCUGACUGAUUCAGUAAUCAACAUAAUGUCAAGCUAUGGCAGUUAAAAAUAAAUAAAUAAAACCUAAGAUUUUUUAAUUCUAGUGAUAAAUGUGCAUGCUAUAUGCCAAAACAUAAAAACCAAAUCAGUGUUCCUUAUAUUUAAGGGCCAUAAUACUUGGGGUGAAGCAUGCUUAAGAUGUGAAAACAAAUAUUUAGAACUAUACCCAAUAAGAACACUUAGCAAUGAAUGAGGUAAAAGAAAUACAGUUUUUCAUCACAAACCAAAUAUUAAGACAAUUGUGUUGGCAAUAAAUGACAGAAUUUGCUUUAGCUUUUUUGUCUAUGUGAAAUGUGUUCAAGAGUGCUCUUUCAGUUAUAACAGAUUCAUCCCUUUUCAUUAAUAUACGCUUAAUUUUCCACAGCUCAUGUAAUAGAAAAAUAAUACAGGUUUUGAGGUGGAAAAGGAUAGAACAUCUAUCAAAUUAGAGCAAAGCAAAUUAGAAAAUUUUGCAAAUUAGAAAAUGUAUCUUUAGGGAACCUUCAUAUGAUUCUUAAUUGGAAGUGUUGAAAUGGUUAUUGUGAUUUAAUUUCUCAAAUGACGAAAAGGCUCCCACUGAAAAUUGUUUGUACAGUAUCUUAGCUUUUCCAAAUUGUUCUUUUGAUUUUAAAAUAACCAAUUUUAAAGUAUAUGUCAGUAGAUUUGUCAUUCUGUGCAUCUUUAAAAAUUGUACAAAUAGCACUUGGCUUCAGUAGACCUUCUAUGCGGAGAAUAAUCACAAAUAUCACACUUGCUCACAAAGUUAAUAGAGAAAUUUAAAUUUCCUAUGAAACAUG